AUGAUUAGGCGUUUUAAGUUGAUAUCGGACGACUAUUUUAGUCAUUAUUUUGGUCGACAUGACGAUACGGGUGGGAUGUACGUUGACGAGCACAACGAUCUGAAAGUGCUUCAUAUUAACUGUUUCGCUGGCGCAGUUACUGCUCGUGUAUAUUCACGACAUAAUGACUCAUGGAGAAACUUGAGUUUCUUGAAAGGAUGUUUGUUUGGUUCAAGUUUUUAUUCAUGGUCUCACGGAAUUUAUUCGGGCAAAACAAUUUAUUUCACUGUUUCCAAUUACUGGAUUCCACCUGGUGAAUGUAACAUUGUUGCUUUUGAUGUUAUAUCUGAAUCGUUCAGUAUUCUUCGUUUUCCCGAGCGUAUUCAAGUCAAUCCUUGCCAAGUGCAUUUUCUAACAAUUUCGGACAGGCUCCAUGGCAUUGUUGUUCGAUAUUCUGAUGAACUAACUGCAGAAUUGGUCAAAUAUGAACAUGAUGAUUGGAUAACGAAGCGGACAUUCAAGGUUUUGAGCGCAACGACCACAUUGUGCCUACCGAUCUUGCUUAUGUUGUACUUCUUCUUGGACGGAUCAAUUCGGAGUGUAGUUGUGGGAUGGAUUUGUGCUGCACUUUCGGUUUGUGUUUUUGCAGCUCCUCUUACCAUUGUGUGGAAAGUUGUGAAAACUAAAAGUGUCGAAUUCAUGCCGUUCCCAUUGUCAUGUCUACUCACGCUAUGCGCAAUGAUGUGGUUCGCAUACGGGGUAUACACCAAGGACCUAUGUGUUAUGGUGCCAAAUGUGUUGGGGUUUAUAUUGGGAGUAAUUCAAAUUGCAUUAUACAAAUAUUACAAACAAAAGAGCAAGGUGAUUAGCAUCCCAGAAAUCAAGCUGCCAGAACAUGUUAUAAACAUAAAGGCGUCCCACUCGGAAGUGUAUCCAGUUGAUUCUAGCCGAAGCAGCGGCAGUGAGAUAGAAGAGGAAGAAAUUGAAACUAAGACGACGGAGGGUGGUGGUGGAGAGGUUGUGGAGCGAUACAAAAGUGCGGUGACCGCGAUGGCGAUGGUGGAUGAUGACCCUUGUGGGGUGGAAGUAGUGAUUUGUUGGCGUAAGUCGCCGGAGCUCUGCCAUUCUGAUCUUUACCCAUACAACCAGCCAUUGGAUAAAAGGUAACAAGAACAUCUGCAAGCGCCUUCUUCAUGACAAGAGGAUCAAAGAAGUUGGAGCAAACGAUCGGACGGUAGAAAUAAACGG